AUGUACGACCGGUCUAUCAUUCUCCUCUGGGUUGUUGGGGUCGCGUUCGUGCUCCAGACUCUCGGAGGCGGCCUUCUCAACGGCUUGAGCUCCAAUUGGAAGGGAGGUGCGAGAAGUUUUCUUCCUUCUAUACAAAACAACCCUUCAACACUAUCUAAUGGACGCGAUUCAGAUGCCAUCUACAUCCCAGGAACAAAAUGGGGUUUCUGCGUCCCACGCGACGUGCCCGACUUUCUUUGGGUGUUCUGGUGCUUCGUGGCCGCAUUCGACUCGCUCGUGUGCGCGCUCGCUUUGUGGGAGGGCAUCGGCUUCGUCAGGCGCCGGCGCCGGCGCAGUGCAAGAGAAAGAGAAGCAGAGAAUGCGGAUUCGGAUCUUGACAGUGUGGUGCUCUCUCUGCAGCGUCCUCCAAACUUGCUUCGCGUUCUGUUGAGGGAUAGCAUGAUCGCACCCUUCAUUACCUUCAUCGUUUGCCCUCUCAACUUGUUAGCCAUAGUCACCACGCUCCCGCCGACCUUGUCUGCACUUGUCUUCCAAGUGACUCCUAUGGUGCCCCCACUGCUGGGGUGUCGGAUGAUCCUGAACCUCCGAGGGGCCUACUACCGCCCCUUUGACGAAGAAUACUACACAGUACCGAUUUACGACGAGGGGACCAACCCCUGCCCCGUGUUUAUCCCCGGCGAUUUGGAGCUGGACUCCAUCACCAGUCGUGUUCACGCUGAGUUCUCUAAUGGCAAGGACGAUAGGAUAGUCGCAUGA